GUGGAUAAAAAGCGCGUUUGGGGGCAUCAUUCAUUCCGAAGGGAUGAAAUCUUUCAUUUCUGAACUUUUAAAGACCUUUUCUGACAGCGAACAUAUCCUACCUCCUUCCGCGUUGAAGCUGUCAGAAAUUGACGUAGACCACAUCGCUUGGAGCCCUUCCUUCAUUCUAGUAACACGCGCUGCUCGGUUCUUUAUUUCAAGACUGUAUCAUGAAAAUGGAAUGUAAAUGCUUGCCAUUUCUAGACCAGAAGCCAGAGACAUCCUCCCCAAAAUAACUCUUGUGCUUCAUGAGAGCACCGUUGGAUAACCAAUCAAAUCAAAACCAAACACAAACCAAAUAGAAAUUCAUCUGACAGACGGCGGAUGCUUCCGUUUCCUUCUAGAAAGACAGCAAACCAAAGGAAUAAGAGAUUUUAUGUGCUUUUGCUUGCAUCUUUACCCAAAUAAACCACAUUUGUUGCAGACAAUUGCAUUUUGAACUGUGAUAGUGGCUUAAACAUGUUAAAAACAGGACCAGUGAUGGAGGCGGCGGAUAUUGCAGUUGUUGCACUUUAUUUUGUGCUCGUGCUUGUAAUUGGUCUGCUCGCCAUGUGGAAAGCCAACCAUAGCACUGUCAGUGGCUACUUCCUGGCAGGUCGAACUAUGAAUUGGGUGGUGAUCGGUGCCUCACUGUUUGUCAGCAACAUCGGCAGUGAGCAUUUCAUUGGACUUGCUGGUUCUGGUGCAGCCAGUGGUUUUGCAGUGGGUGCCUGGGAGUUCAAUGCCAUCCUGCUUCUGCAGCUGCUUGGUUGGGUGUUCAUCCCAGUCUACAUCUACUCUGGAGUUUACACCAUGCCAGAGUACCUCUCCAAGCGCUAUGGGGGCAAGCGGCUAAAGAUUUACUUUGCAGCCCUCUCACUUCUGGUCUACAUCUUUACUAAACUCUCAGUGGACUUGUACGCAGGAGCUCUUUUCAUCCAGGAGUCUCUUGGCUGGAACCUCUACCUGUCGAUCAUCUUGCUUAUCUCUAUGACCGCCUUGCUGACAGUAACCGGUGGACUGGCUGCUGUGAUCUACACGGACACUCUACAGGCCGUGCUCAUGAUUGGCGGUGCGUUAACCCUCACCAUCAUCAGCCUGGUCAAGGUCGGCGGUUUGGAAGGGGUGCGGGAAAAAUACAUGGAGGCAGUCCCCAAUGUCACAGCCAUCCUGGCUAACAGCAACUUCAGCUUCCAGUACACAAACUCCUGCCGAAUCCAUCCCAAGCCAGAUUCCCUCAAGCUCCUACGAGGGCCGCUUGAUGAAGACAUCCCUUGGCCAGGCUUCGUUUUGGGUCAAACACCCUCAUCCAUUUGGUACUGGUGUGCUGACCAGGUCAUCGUCCAGAGAGUGUUAGCUGCCAAGAACAUUGCCCAUGCCAAAGGCUCCACACUUAUGGCAGGAAUGCUGAAGAUCCUUCCCAUGUUCAUCAUCGUUAUUCCAGGGAUGAUCUCACGAAUAUUGUUCCCCGAUGAGCUGGCAUGCAUCGGACCAGAGCACUGCAUGGCUGUGUGCGGCAGUCAGGCUGGCUGUUCCAACGUCGCCUACCCUCGGCUGGUUAUGAGCGUGAUGCCGGUGGGUCUCAGGGGGUUGAUGAUGGCUGUGAUGAUCGCUGCCCUCAUGAGUGACCUAGAUUCAAUUUUUAACAGCGCUAGCACCAUCUUCACACUGGACAUUUAUAAAAUGCUGCGUGUAUGUGCCUCCUCCCGUGAGCUGGUGGUCGUCGGCAGGUUUUUUGUGCUAUUCAUGGUGACCGUCAGCAUCGCUUGGGUGCCUGUCAUUAUUGAGAUGCAAGGUGGCCAGAUGUACCUGUAUAUCCAGGAAAUUGCAGGAUACCUCACUCCACCCAUUGCUGCCCUUUUUCUUCUUGGAGUCUUCUGGAAGCGUUGCAAUGAGACCGGCGCAUUUUGGGGCGGCAUGACUGGGUUCGUACUAGGCACUGCCCGCCUCCUCCUUGUGUUCAUAUAUCGUGAGCCAAAAUGUGACCAGCCGGAUGAACGCCCGGGUUUCAUCACAGAUGUCCACUACAUGUACAUUGCUGCCGGGCUGUUUUGGAUCUCAGGGCUGGUGGCUGUGUGUGUCAGUCUGUGCACAUCUCCACCAGAAGAGGAGAAGGUCAAGCGUACCACAAUCUGGGGCUUGAAAGAAUUUAAGCGUCUUCCUGUGAGUGAACGAGAGGAGAUGUACAAACUCACUAAUGGCAGCGGCGAUGGUGUUCUCAAGAAAGAUGUUCCAGAAGAUGUCCAGAAGGAGAGAUGUCUUGAUGGGGCUGACAUGACCCUCCUUAUGCCCUCCCCUUGUGAGCAAGAUCCCAUGACCCCAAGCACAGAGGCAUCCACACCAAUGGAGCUGUUUGCCAAUGGUCAUGCACAUCUUGUAAAACAGAAGAAUCAAGGCAAGUGUGAUAAAGAGAGCUGCCUGCAAGUGUUUGACUGGAUUUGUUUUCACAAAGAGAAAACAUCUGUUGCUGAACCCAAAGUGGUUGAAGAAGAUGAAGGAGCUGUCCGUGAAAUGCUUCAUGAACCUCCUAAGAUCAAGCUUUUACUUAACUUAGGCCUGGUAUUUGUUUGUUCACUGGGUGUUUUCAUGUUUGUGUACUUCUCCUUGUAAUAUGCUGAUCUUGCAGUACCAUAAGGCCUGCCUAAAAGACAGCACAUUUAUAUUAACUAUUUGUUAUUACAAGCCAUUUGGGGUCUGUAAUAUUUACAGUGUGGUUUAUUUUUCUUUUUAGAACUUCCUUUUAGGGACUUUAAGCAUUUUGAAUCAUACUGAUAGAGGUUAUUUAUUCCUUCACCUUGGUUCUGUCAAAUCUCUUUGAAAAUAGUUGCUCUUUGUGGUAUGUUGACAACCAAAUGCAUUAUUGAGACCGUAGCUUUUUUAUAGGGUUAUGCUUGGUUGAGCUAAGGUAAUGUAGGAGGAUGUACUAUUUUUAUUCCUGGGUGAAUUUUGCCUUAAUGUGUGCACUGAAAUGAGGGCAGUUUUUUUGCCUCAAGUCAUUUUUUUCAUGCAACAGACCACUCAUAUAGUGGUACGUAAAUGUGUAAGGAAGUUGUCUUUUGCAUAUGCACACUGUUAGGACUACCAAAUUUCUAAAACUUGACCUCACUUGUAUAUUUGUCACCUGUGUAACUGGAAUAGUGUUUCCAAAGUUUUAAUGUGAGAGAAAUUGUGAAAAUUAAGAAUUUACAGUGAGAAUAGGUGGGUAUCAUGAUGUCAAAGUUUUUAUUUAAAUAGAUAUAUAGAGGUGUUGUGCCAUCUGAUUAAACCUAAUGUACAUUCCCAAAUACAAGUGAGUAUUUAGAUCUAUUCAUGUAAAUUGUAACUGUAUAUGCAAUUUGCUGUAUUUUCUGUACUUUCUUUACUUUAUUUAAAGCUACUUUCAUUGGACAAAAACACCAAAAUGCCUUUUUUGCAGAGCAUAAGCAUUUGUGCAGAGCCGUGAAGACAUUGCUUUUUGUAAAUAUAACAUGUAAAAAAAAAAAA